ACACUGAGAGACAUCCAGAUUCACAGAUUUAUAAGUAAAUCUUUUAAACAAAGGUGACUUUAAAAAAAUACUAAAUUAUCAUCACUAUGAAUCAGAAAGUGCAGGUGCUGUGAGUGUGGGAAGGUGUGCACAGGAAGCACUGUUCCGGUGAAGAGGGAGCAAGCAAGCCUGUUGCCCAUUCAACGUCCAGUCUCUGGAGCGCGUGGUGUGCAAAACCAGUGACCUUUCCAUGCAAACCGCUAGUCUAGUGACAGCUGUCAGGGCACAAAUACACUCUCUUGUAAUGAAAAACUGUCAGUGCAGCGAAUGAAUGUAAGAGGAAUUGGUUUGGGGAGAGUUGAAAAUCCUCUGGUCAGUUCAUGCUUUAAGAUUUGAGUCUGUGGGAGAGCUGAGGAAGUCCCCCGGAGAGAGCCACCGUCCUCCCCCAUGUCUUUCAGGGACGCAGUAGGGAACACUGUCCUGUUUUUGGACUCACCUGAGAGCCGAGGGCGAGCCGGGGACUGGGGAGGAGGGGAGGGCGGCCAGGUGGUGCGCCCCCGUCUGCGCCCGCCCUGCUUGGCCCGCACUGAGCGAGCGGCGGCACCCCGGAUUCUGGGCUCGUCUCUCUGCCCCCGGGCCGGGCAACUAUUAAUCUUGGUUGACGGUUUCUCACGUCCUAAUUGGGAGGUGGGGGGAGCGGCCCAGUCCGCCCUAAAGGUAGAAGCGGCUAAUGGGCCUCUUCAUCACCGCCAGGAACGGGUCCCCGGCGGAGCGCGAGGGCGCUGCUGCAGUUCUGAUUCCGAUGGCUGGAUCUGGCCUGGACAACGAAGCUCUGACUUCCAAUCUCCGUCACCAUCCACAGCCACCCCGUGCAGUCUCUGGAGCCUAGCGACUACCUUCAUAUCACAAUGUGGAUCAGUAAAGCAAGGUUACAAUGCUCCAGAGGGAGCAUCCUUGACCCAAAGAAGUAUUCCACGGGAGCUGGCUGUAGUGACUCAUGUUGUGCCGGAUCACAAGGCCCUCAGAGACCACCAGGAGACGACUCGAUGCAAGAACAAGAGAGCUUUAUUAUGAGAGUGACUGAACUCCGGGUCCAAGUCUCACUGAUCCAAGCAGUAGAGAAGUGGGACUCCGAAUCCUGAGUAAGCAGGGUUUUUAAAGGGAAAAACCAGCAAGCAGGAGGUUUCCAUGACUGCAACCGGGGGAGGGGGUGUCAUGCCUUGACUUUACAGGAUUGGGUAAAAGCCAUAGGGGCGAGGUGACCUUCUACAUAAUCUUCACAAUUCCCAUUCUUCUAAACUACAUCUGGAACGGUGGGGAGAAUUUUCCCAACCAAUUCUCACUGAUUAUUGCCAGGGAGAUUGUCUCUAUUUUCUAUCAAGUAUUUAUUCUGUGAUAUUUCCUGGAGGCUAUUGCUAGGAAAAUUAACUUUGUUUUCUGCCAAGUGCAUAUUCUGUGAUAUUUCCUGGUACCUGAGUUUAGCUCCAGUCAAGAUGGUUCUUCAUUUCAAAAUGGAGUCACCCAGUUAACUUAAACUGUUAACUCACACUUGGCAGACUCAGCUUGAGCCCAGAAGUUAGAGACCAUCCAUCUUUUAAAAAGCAAGAGUACUGAAAUGUCCCUUAAACAUAUAUAAGGCCAAACAACUUAAAUUACUUUUUGGAUGGGGGGUGGUUUGAGUUUGGGUUUUCCAGACAGGGUUUUCACAUGUAGCUCUGGCUGCCCUGGAACUCACUCUGAACUCACUCACUCUGAAGCCAGACCAGGCUGGCUUCAGAUUCACAGAGAUCUAACUGCCUCUGCCUCCAGAGUGCUGGAAUUAAAGGCAUGGGUCACCACGGCCUGGCUAACUUAAAUUCUUACACAUGAAGCUGUCUGUAACUGUUUGAAAAAUGAAAGUACACAGAUUAGGGACAAAAAAGAGAUGCUUUUUUAAAAUCUCCAUGUCCAUGCAUGUGUGUGUGGAGGCUUGUGGACUAUGCACCUCCUUUGAGACAGAAGCUCCUGUUGGUCUGAAACUCAUCCAUUAAAUUAGGCUGGCUGACCAGUGGGUGCCAGGUAUCCUCUUGUUCUUGACUCUCUGGUGCUGGAACUGCAAGCACCCAAUACCUAGCAUUUUUACACCAGGCAUGUGAAUCAACCUUGGGCACAACUAAGUCAUUCCUCAGCCUCCCAAAUGAGUAUUUUAAAAUUCAUUCUUGCAGGAUGUGGUGAUGCAUGCCUUUAAUCCCAAGCUCAAGAGGCAGAGGCAGGAAGAUCUUUGAGUUUGAGGUUCACCUGGUCUGCAAAGUGAGUUCCAGGGCAGCCUACACAAGAAAACCCUAUUUUAAAAAACAAACAAGAAAAAAAAGACAGAAAGAAGUUAUUAACCCUUGUUAUAUAAUAGUUUCCUCAAAAGACUGAAAUAUUCCAUCCUGGAGGAAGCUCUUUAAGCAGGAAGGUAAACAACUCAAAAUAUCUUCAGGAAGUUCCUGAAACUUAGCAGAUUCUCUUGGCCCCUCUCUGCCAGAGUAAACAAUAAAAGCUGAGUCUCCCUCAGAAAAAGGAAAGCUGAGCUGCAAAGAUUCUUGGAGAAGAAAAGUUGCCUGAAAAAAAAAAGCAGAAACCAUCAGAGUUCCUUAAAAGACAUUUUUAGGAACCUGGAAAGGACACUCACUAACCUGUUUAGCUGCCUGCAGGCUGUGUGGGAUGAUCCAGCCUUGUGAGCUGUCACCCAUACUCAGGUGGGUUUUGGUGAUGCAACUGUCUUUGAGUCAUUUCUACUACUGUAAGUAACCCCUCACCUAUAUUCCUGUAAGUAACCCCAAUAAAACUUAUAGUUUACCAAAUUGUAUUGUAUUUUGUUCUGUCUGGUCUGUUGUGAGGUCUCUGUAUCUGGAGUGAGCGAAGGGACUCUGGCCACCUCAAGCAUGGCGAGCGUGGCUCUGGCAGGCCUUGUGCUGCUCUCUGGUUCUCUCUGCCUUCUAAAAACCAUUAGAUUACAUCCCUGAAGCUCCUCCCCCUGAGGCUGACUACAAGGUCAGCUAUCAAAGUAUUGAAGUCUAGCAAUCAAAAGCCCUC